AUGAAAAUCAUCCGAUAUAGUGUAAUGGCUAGCACGGUUCGCUCUCACCGAGCAGAUCCGGGUUCGAUUCCCGGUAUCGGAGUUUUCUUUUUAUUUUUUUUUUUAUUUCUUUAUUAG